GAGACGCCAUUCUGGUCUCUAAGAAAAGCACUACUGAAUUGUCUUUUCACAUUUAUGUUUUGAAGAUUCAAUACUUUGUCUAGUGGUGUUCAGAGUUCAUCAUCAUUCUUCCCUGGAGACUCUCUCAUUGUGCUAGUGUGCUCGUCUGUGUUUCAACAUUUCUCUUUGGAGUUUCAAGAAACCAGUUUUUCUUGCUUUGUAGUUUAAGUGUCACUGAGUUGCCUGUUCAUUUUCUUAAUGGGGAGAUCACCAUGCUGUGACAAGAAAGGGUUAAAAAAAGGGCCAUGGACGCAGGAGGAAGAUGAGAAAUUAGUCGAGUAUAUCAACAAACAUGGCCAUGGAAGCUGGCGUUCUCUCCCCAAACUUGCAGGGCUUCUUCGAUGUGGUAAGAGCUGUCGGCUACGCUGGACUAAUUAUCUUAGACCAGACAUUAGAAGAGGUCCUUUCAGCCCAGAAGAAGAGAAGCUUGUUAUACAGUUGCACGCAAUCCUGGGAAACAGAUGGGCCACUAUUGCCUCUCAACUUCCCGGAAGGACCGACAAUGAAAUCAAGAACUUAUGGAACACUCAUUUGAAGAAGAGAUUGCUUCAGAUGGGCAUUGACCCUCAGACUCAUCAACCCUCUUUGACACCCAAUGGACUGGUUCCACGACUGCCCUCGUCUCCUUCCACCCGCCACAUGGCACAAUGGGAGAGUGCAAGACUGGAGGCUGAAGCACGCCUAUCUAAGGAAUCACUUAACUUGACUCCAUCAUCAGCGGACAAAUCUGAGGGGGACUAUUUCCUACGCCUCUGGAAUUCAGAGGUUGGGGAAACAUUCCGAAACUACAACCAGGGAGAAAAAGUUAUUUCCGAGAGCCCAAUAUCGUCCUCAUCGACAAAGGAUGGUGUGUUGUCAGGAAUUACUACAGAAAUGGGAAUUCCUGCAUCAGGGCUUUCUUCUGCAGGGAGCAACCACAACGAUGACAGCAAAUCUUGUGUUGAAGAUGUCCAGCCAGGAUACGAUUCCUGCAGCUCAGACGAAAUGGGAGACUCGUCAUCUGAAUCUGCUUUGCAGCUGCUUUUGGACUUUCCAUGUAACAACGACAUGAGCUUCCUCGGACAACCUGAUUGUUUUUCCUCAUAUCCAGAUAUGUUUCCUCAAAGCCACUUUAAUUGUUCUUGAAGCUAUGGCAGUAUGUCUUUUGUAUCUCAGCUACUUCUUUUAGAUAUUUCUAGCUUAGGAUGGAAGCAGUUAAGAAUCCAUCUCACCUAUGUAUUUUAAUGUUGACUGAUUAACGGUAAUAUAUUGGCGUACUUUUCA